CUGACGCACACAUCCUUCUUCUAGUAUUUGAACUUCCCCUGAUUACCACGCUUGAGCUGACUAGGAACGAGCGCCCUGGGCACGGUCGUGUCGCCCUGACGUGGGCAGCCCACAUCGAUCCCCUUAAUCGCCUGUAAAGCUCUCGGGGAUUGGGGCGUAGACACGAUGAGUGACGAUAGCGAGGAGUUCCGGAGCGGCUCGGAGGACGAGGAGAUGAGCGAUUAUGGAGCCAGCGACGCGGAUAUGGACGUGGAGGACGACGACGAUGACUACGGCUUUGCUGGCGCUGAGGAGGUGUCUACUGUUCCUAAGGUUCCCUACAAGGUCCUGCCCAAGGAGGACCUUAACAAACAGCGGGAAAAGGCGCUUCGCGAGGUCAUGGACGUCCUAGGCAUUGACGAGGACACGGCUAUGCGUGUCCUUCGCAAGUACAAAUGGGACUCGAGCCGGGUGCAGGAGGAGUGGUUCUCGAAGUAUGACCAGGUCCGGGAGUCGCUAGGGCUCGUGGAUGAGCCUGGGCCGUCGGGCCGCGCGGCCUGUGAGGCGGAGGAGCGCUGCUUUAUCUGCUUCGACAGCUUCCCCGUGCGCGACAUGCGCUCAGCGGCGUGCAGGCACUACUUCUGCAAGGACUGCUGGCGGGGGUACAUCACGCAGGCGCUGUCUUCAGGGCCUGCCUGCCUGGACCUGCGCUGCCCGUCCACGGAAUGCAAGCAAAAGGCCUGCGUGCCAUGCGCGCUGGUGAUGGAGCUGGCCAGCGGCGAGGAGCAGUCCAAGUACAGCACCUACAUGGUGCGCUCCUUUGUGGAGGACAAUAGCUCCAUGUGCUGGUGCACCGGCAAGAAUUGCGAGAACGCGAUUCAGUGCCUGGUGGACCGCGGGCCAGACGAGGCGAUGGACGUCAUCUGCUCAUGCUCCGCCACGUUUUGCUUCAACUGCAAGGAGGAGGCGCACCGGCCGGUGUCCUGCAAGACGGUGAAGACGUGGCUCACCAAGAACAGCGCGGAGAGCGAGAACAUGAACUGGAUCCUGGCCAACACCAAGCCCUGCCCCAAGUGCAGCAGGCCCAUAGAGAAGAACCAGGGCUGCAUGCACAUGACGUGCAGCCAGUGCCGGUUUGAGUUCUGCUGGCUGUGCCAGGGCGACUGGAAGGAGCACGGCGAGCGGACGGGAGGCUUCUACGCGUGCAACCGGUUUGAGACGGCGAAGAAGAAGGGCGAGUACGACGACGAGUCGCGGCGGCGUGAAAACGCCAAGGCCAGCCUCGAGCGGUACAUGCACUACUUCGAGCGCUUUGACGCGCACUCCAAGGCGCGCGAGAAGGCCCGGCUGGACGCGAGCAAGGUGAGCAAGGACUGGCUGGAGCAGCUGGCGGACAUCACGAAGACGCCCACCAGCCAGCUCAAGUUCAUUAACGAGGCAUGGAACCAGAUCGUGGAGUGCCGGAGAAUGCUCAAGUGGACGUACGCGUACGGCUACUACGCGUUCGAGGACGCGGACCGGAACAGCGAGGUGGCGCGGCACAAGGGCUUCUUCGAGUUCCUGCAGGGCGACGCCGAGCGCUCGCUGGAGCGGCUGCACGAGGCGGCGGAGAAGGACCUGGGCGCGCACGUGACCAAGGCGCGCAACCAGGCAGACGGCGGCUUCGACGCGGACGCCUUCCAGACGUUCCGCAAGAACCUCAUCGGCCUGACGGACGUGACGGCGGGCUUCUUCGACAAGCUGGUGAAGCAGCUGGAGAAGGGCUUCAGCAGCAUGGAGGCGGACUACGCAGGCCAGGUGAAGCAGUAGUAGAUUGCACUAGUAAAAAGACAGCUCGACAGGUUGCGGGGGAGUAAUGCUGAAGGCGAUGAGCGUGGCGCGGGGCCAAGGCGAUGCGAGGGGGUGAGCCUGCCGUAAGGGGGCGGUGCAGAGGGCAUGGACCGGUCGCGCUUGUGGCGGGAAGCAAUGUAUGGAGGCGGCACUGGCAUGGGACACGGACUGCUCAAGACGAGGUUCCACAUAGGGGCUCUCGGCUGACACCAGACAAGGGGGCUGACGCAGGAUGGGCAUGGCGGUGUCGCACAGCGCGUGUGUACAGUAUGAGCAACGCGUUCAGAGGCGGGUAGCAAACAGAUGCUUUCGGCGUUCAGUCCUGUUUGUAUUCUGCACGCCGAGUAGGUUACGGUAGGUGUGGCUGGGCUUCGGUCAUCAAGCUGCACAGGUGUCCGGUAGAGUAGGCACUGGGCCGGACGAGAGGGCGUAGAGUUGCAAGCAUGCGUUGCGGGCGUAGCUGCAAUGUGCAAAAAGGCGCGAGCGAUGGCCCAUGACGAUAGUUGACAUGGGCGUCAUUGCGCGGCUGCAGUAAUGUAACGCUAAUUGGCAAUGCUACCAGUGGAUGACGGCGCCGGCCCCAGCGGCGUGAACGAGGGCGGGGAGCAGGCGGCAGGCGCAGCGGGAGGGCCGGCCGCCACCGGCACGACGGGACACAAGGGCCGCCGCUCCAAGAAGGCGCGCGGAGUGGACGAGGACGUGGUGCUGCUGGGCGAGCAGGGCUUCUGGACUUGCAACAAGUGCACGUACAACAACCAGGACCUGACGGCGCGGCGGUGCGAGGUGUGCAACGAGGCACGAGCGGGCCCAGGUGGCGGCGCCGGCAACCGGCGGUGAGCUGGUGCACGCCGACAGCAGCUCCAUAGCUCCGGCUGUCACCGGAUGGAGGUUAUGCUGGCUAGCCGUGACACGUGCGCGCCCCGGCGCUUGCCGGGAUGGGAAGCAGUAGCGCUGAAGGCGUUGCAGGCAGCACGCAUGCCUCUUCAUCUUAUAGCCAAUGGGCAGGGCUAGGAUGGGCGGACUCAGUCAGGCACUGGGGACUUCGAUCUUCAUAUGUACCUCACCAAAGAACGAAUGAUGUGUGUACUUCUGUGCGCGCUGAUGUGCGUGUGCGUUCAUUGUGUGUGGUGGACAAUGUGAGGCAUUGUUGGCGUUGCAAUGUUCAGUGUUGCUGUCUGCGCAUUGUGUUCAUGUUCGUUUUGUAUGUAUGCAUUAGGGCGCACAGUACGACUUGCUGGGUAAGAGGGCCUAGACGCUGAGGAGUGUGGGCACAGCUGCAGCUGAGCGUAUUGAUUGCUGUUGUGGGUCGGAGCUUGUGGGCAGGUAGGCAUUUACAGCGCGGAGGGCGGACAAAGGGCUAGGAGGGCUCACCUGCGCUGACAAGAAGGUAAUGCAAUCCGGUGUGGCUGUUGGACGCAACGAUGGAGCAUGUCCGCCGGCCCGGAGUGCGGGCGUGCGGUGCAAACACGACACACGUGCCCGCGGCGUGCCCGAAACGAUGUGCAUUUUAAUUUACGCGGCAUUGUUGUGGUCAAGUCUCUCCAACUCAGUCUCUGUGGUCAAGUCUCUCCAACUCCUGCGCUGCCCCUUCAGCUGUAGACCAGCACUGGAUGUAUCAAGGCGGGUGCGCGGCCUCAGUCUUCUGGCGGGAUGUUCUUCAGCUUAUUACACUCUUAUUA